AUGGCAAUGGACGAAUACGCUUGCAAUCUACCUGCCGUGUCUACCAUCCGUGACUAUACUGGAACGGACCCAAGUUCCACCACCACUUUAUAUCCCACCAAUGCAGUGCACCGAAUUAGUAAGAAGGCGCAACAUAUGCAGCACUUGUGCCUGGUGAAUCAGCCUCGGAGUGGACGUCGCCUCGUCAUCACUGCAGAUCCCUCGGAUCAUCCUCCACCAGCCGAACUCAUGCUAAAAGCCGAAGCCCUCAGCACGCUAGCCCCAGGCUCAUGGAGAAUCUGCAACAAACUACUUGCUUAG